GGGGUUACUCCUGUAAUUUAGUUCUAACGGAUAGACUUCACCUAAAGCCCCCAAUUGGAACUUCAGGUGUUCCUUCCUCUUUUGUUUGUUGCAUGCACGCAGCCCAAAGCCUUUUCUUUGCUUUCUCGUACUGAAAUUACUCCUCAAUUUCUCGUUUGCUCUUGUUCUCUAUGUCCAAACGGUAAUUGGGUCGGCGUGUUAAUGGCGGAUGAUGAAUCCAGAUCGGUUUUCGACUGGGAGAACUUCCUUCAACAGCGAAAGAUCGAAUCCAAAGAAUGGUCAAUGGUGGUGAUUAGGGAUUCUCUUCCCAAUGAUGAUUUCUCCGUUUUCCCACCUUCAAAACAUGAGAAUCUACACCCCCCAUUGGUUGAAGAAGAAGAACGAGGAAGCCCAGUUUCAUUUCAAUCCAAUUCGCCAUCAUUGUCGUUUAGGUCGUCCCAAUCAUCCUCAUCCUUCUCGUCUUUCUCAUUCUCUGAUGACGAGAUUUCACACCCGCACUCACCGAAGCCAUCUGAAUCUCAAAUUCGAAAAUCCAUGGCGGCUUCUAGGUGGCUGCCUUUUGCGCUUCAGAUUCUAUGCUCACGGAUUACUGCAAUGGCGCGUAGAACGGCUUUUUGGUUGUUUUCCCCUGCAGGAAGGAUUGGAUUAUUGGUGACUCUUUUGUGGCUGUACAAGAGAGCUCGUAAGCGCCGUUUACGUCAAAGUACCGAGCAAUUAAAGAUGAUGAUCAAGGAGAAAGACGAGAAAAUCAGCCAACUACUGCAACAAGUUGCUCAAUUGAAUAGAUCACUGUUAUUAACUCAACAGAGAGUACUGCCUUCGAAUUGGAAAAUGAAACAAGAUGGAAUCGUUUAGCUUGUAUCUCAGAGAGGCAGCAAGAAGUAUUGCAGCUAUUCUGAAUGCCUCUCUUCGUCGUCAUUGGCUUGAAUUCUUGUUCAGAUUUAUUAUACUAUAGAUGGAUUCCAGUAGCAGCAGAUUGGAACCGAGACAAAAGCUCCUGCUUUUGCAGUGCGAUGAAGCACAGAGCAAGAAUAUAAGACGUUAACUACGCUUCAAACGAGUUGAAUCUGUUUGUGCUGCACACGAACAGAUUUCGGUUCCUUGCUGAAAUAUAUAUAGAUGAUUUGUAUUGAUUUUUUCAGUAUUUGUUCCAAUAUAUAUGUGCGAUUAAAAGUCUUCAUAGUGUCAGCCAUUUAUCAACUUGGUUUACUGACUGGGAAGCCUAUUCUUAUGCACCAGUAUAUUGGAUUUGUAAAUAGAUAUGAUAUGCUUUUCCUCAAUGUUAGACUAGUUAACAUGGCUUCCAAUAAAAGCUGAUUGACAGAAGCACAAACAAAAUAUGAGACUUUAAGAAGAUGCUAGCUGUACCGCAACUAGAGAAUCAAGUUCCUACUUGACAUAUAAUUUUAUAUUAACACAACUUUCAUCAACUUAUCAGACAA